AAGACUUUACAACCAAAUUAUAAACAUAAGGGUUGGUUAACUUCUUAAUUUCACUCCUAUGUAUUUGGCAUAUUCUAAUCCCAGCAGGAAAAAGAAUAUCUCAAACCAUUGCACGGACACUUGCUCAAUAAUUAAGACAAGGCAACACAUACCAAACCGAUUAUUAUUAAAUAACUAUAAAUACACAUGAUAAAAUUAUAAAGUGCAAAGUUUCUUGGGAUUAGAACAAUUCAAACCUCACUUCCGGAAUGUGAUUUAUGUACAUUCAGCGUUCAUUUCAUUGGAUUGAGAUUGCCUGGGUACAUCGUUUGAGUAUAUAAUACCCCGUGCUCAUUUAUGUAAAUGCUUAUAAUUAAAGCCAUACAUAUAUACACAUUUCGUUGAAUUUAAUCAUCAUAAAGGAAAAAUGGACUUGGCCCAGACUGAAAUACGUAGUCCACCAGUCGGACUUCACUCUAUUUACUUAGCUCGCCCACAAAUUGCUUAUCAAAGUGUCUCAUCAGUGAUUAGCUUAUGCCAUGAACUUGCCAAGUAGUAGGUAUUGAAAUAAAAAUAAUAUAAGAUUACAUGUUCUCCAGUUCUGAUUGAGACGAGAUACACAGACACGGAAGAGUUAUUUAAUCAAAGGAUUUUUAUAUUUUUUAAAGAAAAAGUGUUCAGUGAAGUUUUUUUUAAAAUGGAAACUGGAAAUCCAGCUUCAAUGACUGACAGAAUUUUAAGCUUGAUAUUAUUUAUUAUCCACGUUGUGGAAGCUUACUUGGAAGCAAUUUACAGAUUUUUUAUCCCAGUUAAUCAACGUUCGUUAACUGGAGAGAUCAUUCUGGUCACCGGAUCUGCAAAUGGUUUUGGCAAAGCGAUAUGCCAGCAUUUGUCUCAAUUUAAAGUAACUUUGGUCUUAUGGGAUUGUGACAAAUUGGCGAACUACGCUACCACCAAAGAACUCCAACUAUUAGAGACGACAAAAGCCAGAAUAUUUCCCUACCAUGUCGAUAUUUCGUCGAGGGAUAAUGUCGAAGCUGUUGCGGCAAAAGUCAAAGAAGACGUUGGCGAUGUCAGCAUUAUAAUUAACAAUGCUGGGAUUGCUCCCAUCGGGCCGUUUCUCUCGACUGAUCCGGAUCUUCUCGAAAAAACGUUUCAAGUCAAUGUGCUUUCUCAUUUUUGGAUUUUGCGUGUAUUUUUACCACGCAUGAUAGAGAAUCAUCAUGGUCACAUUGCUACAGUGAGUUCCAUCGGGGCGUUUAAGCAAGAUCCUGGGUGCGUACCGUACUUUGGAACGAAGGCUGCAGUGCAUGGAUACAUUGAAAGUUUAAAGUUACAAAUGUCUCAAUUGAACGCGCAUGGGAUCAAGUUCACCACAAUUUACCCGUAUUUUAUGGACACGGGAAUGAUAAAGGAGGUCAAAUAUGCAGAAAACUCUAAAUUGAUAAGAAAACUUUUGCCAAUCAUGAACCCUGCGGAUGUUGCUGAAAAAUUCAUCGAAGGAAUACGAAGAAAUUACGAGUAUGUGUACUGCCCAUCCUUCAUGCCAUAUCUUUUACCACUUGACAAGUUCUUGCCACUAAAACUGCGGAGAGAACUUCAAGUAUUAUUUGACAAUCAAAUGGAACAUCCAGCCUUUCCUAGGCCAAGCAGACAUUAACUAAAUUGCAAACAGAUUCAGAGAUAUAUGACCAGUUAUUUUUAUAAUGUUAAAUUUUACCAAACUAGAUAUUCACAAUGUUUUCUAAAUUAGCGAAAAACGAAUAAAAACCGUAUACGGAUCGAAAAGUGUAA